CCGCCAAUAAAUUUAAACAAGAAGAAGAAGAAGAACUCAAAACGGUUCUGAUGCUCCGCGGAGCCUGUAGUGUCUGUGGGUCCGGCCCCGUGUUUCCGUGGAUUCCGAGGCCGAAAUGGAACGCAGCAAGGCGGCUGGAAGUGUGGAAGUGAGGCGGGUGAUCGGAGCUCUCUGCCGGCUGCUGGCGGGGCUCGGUGUGGAUCCUGUCCCCGCGCCGGACGCUUUCCGACGGGCCAAGUUUGGAGGAGGACCCGAGGAUUCCUUCUGGCUGCUGCUCUCCAACAUCCUUCAGAGGUCAGGGGUCAUUUCCUCUGAUACCAUCUGCCAGUCGACGGGAGGGAGCAGGGAGCUGGUGGCGGUGGGCCUUUGGCAGAGCGGUUACCAUGGCGACUUGACAUCGGGAGGGUCCGGUGGCUCCGGUUCCGACCCGCUGCUGGCGCUGGGCUGGCUGCUGGCCCAGGGGGUUCUGGAGAAGCUGCUGGCGGGUCAGGUCGCCGAGCUGGACCGCACGCUGUUGGACACCGGCCCGGCAACGACCAGAACCAGAACUUUAAAACCCGCCGGGCCGGACAGCGUCUCGCUGAGGACGCUGCAGUGGCUGAUGGGACGUCUGAGGCACCAGGGACGGACGCUGCUGUCCACCGCGGGAGGACGGACGCGAGCGCUGCACGACGUACUUUCCACCAGCCAGGUUUGCUCUCCGGCUCCCCCUGCUGGCCAAAGCUCUGCGGCGCUGACAGAGGACAGCGUGUGCGUCCAGCAGCUCUGUGACGUCCUGGAGGCGUACCUGAGUUGGAGACGGGUCGAGGACGUCUUCUGGACCUGGAUGGACAGCGUGGCAGACCGUCGUCACGCCGGUCCCCAAUCCGCCACGUCCUUAAGGGGACUGGGGAUGUGUCACCAUGGCAACCAGGGGCUGGCCCAGCUGGAGCAGUUGCUGAUGAGAUUGCCCAUCACGCAGGAAACCGAGAGUCUCCGGGGUCAGAGGUCAGAGGACAAUCCGGCCUGCAGGUCUCCUGUCUUCUCUGUUCCCUCCGUCCGUCAGGUGUGGCGUCCCCGGCUGCAGGCUGGGGCCCGAGGGCCGCCUGCAGCCCCCCCGGCUUUAGAGCGCCUCCUGCAGGCGGAGCGGCUGCUGCUGCGGCACAAAGCGGCGCGGCGCCUGGCCAACAGGAAGCGGCUGCGGCUGCUGAUGCGGCAGCUGCGGCGGCGGGUCUUCGUCCCGCUGUAGGGGAGGAGCUGUUGGUGUUGAUGGAGAGUGGAGCGGCGUUUGGAUCAGAACCGGUUCCUCUGCUGGUCAGAAACCUCAACGUAUCGAUACGUCAGCUGGUCUUCUGGUGCCGUGGCGAUCACCAUGAGAACUGAACUGCAUCCAUUUUGAUGUGAUUCUGAUGUCAAACCCAGAAAACAGGACUUUACUCCAGAAAUGUUCGGUUCUGGUCGGAUUCUGGGAAACUACGACUGACUGCGGGUCACUGCUGGAGAAGCGGGAUCCCAGCAUGACUGUGGAAAGCUGAGUGGAAGGAAGAAGUUUGGUAGAUAGAGGUUCUGAAUGUUUUGAACAGAAAUAAAUAUUUCAUCUGGGGAGGAAUGAAUGUCAGAAUAUCUGAACAUUUUAUUUUCAUGUCUGAAAAAUGGAGGUUUUAUUUCCUGAUGGAGUCAGAACCAGAACCUGUGGACCGAAUGUCUGAGCUCCAAACGGACCUGAUCAACCUCUGGAAACGUUUGGGAUGGAAAAUGGAAAAUUAGCAAGAAGACUAAAUGUGUCAAUACUAGAGGCUGAACACCAGGGGUCAGACUAGAGCGACGAAAUUCUCACAGCAGAAAUCAUGGAGAAUAAAAGAACAUGUUGCCAGAAA